CAAUGAAUACUUGGUCGUCAGAGCUUUCCAAAUUGGCUUCAAACGCCUUCCUGGCUCAACGCAUUUCAAGCAUAAAUUCUAUCUCAGCAAUUUGUGAGGCAACUGGUGCUGAUAUAGGUGAAGUAGCCAAUGCCGUAGGAAAAGAUCAACGAAUUGGGGAUCGUUUUUUAAAUGCAAGUGUUGGUUUUGGUGGAAGUUGUUUUCAAAAGGAUGUUUUGUCGUUAGUGUAUCUUUGUGAAGUUCUCCAUUUGAAACAAGUUGCUGAUUAUUGGAUGAAUGUAAUUGAUAUGAAUGAAUGGCAAAGACGUCGUUUUUCUGAUAAAAUAAUUGCAGAAUUAUUUAAUACAAUUACUGACAAGAAAAUUGCAAUUUUUGGGUCCCCAGCAAUUUAUGUAACAAAACAUUUAAUUGACGAACAUGCCCAACUUUUUAUAUAUGACCCAAAAGUAAAAGAAACCCAAAUACGUGCAGAUUUGGAAAAAUUAUCUGACAAACAAACAGUUGAUAAAUUAAUUACAAUUUGUAAUUGCCCUUAUAAAGCAGCAGAAAAGGCACAUGCAAUUGUUAUUUUAACAGAAUGGGAUGAAUUUAAGGAGCUCGAUUACAAAGAAUUAUUUUCUUUAAUGAAAAAGCCGGCAUGUCUUUUCGAUGGAAGACGUAUUGUAGACCAAGAGAAGCUUCGAAAAAUAGGGUUUCGUGUGUUUGUUGUUGGCUCUGCUUCUAACCAAGCUCUCAACUUUUUUCCUUAA